AUGGGGUCGGGGAGCCAGCAUUUAGGUAGGAGGUCAGCAUGGGGGUCGAGGAAGGUCAACAUGGGGGUCGAGGAGGGUCAGCAUGGGUCGGGGAGUCAGCAUUUGGGUAGGAGAAGGUCAGCAUGGGGCUCGAGGAAGAUCAGCAUGGGGUCGGGGAGCCAGCAUUUAGGUAGGAGGUCAGCAUGGGGGUCGAGGAAGGUCAACAUGGGGGUCGAGGAGGGUCAGCAUGGGUCGGGGAGUCAGCAUUUGGGUAGGAGAAGGUCAGCAUGGGGGUCGAGGAGGGUCAGCAUGGGGUCGAGGAGUCAACAUUUGGUUAGGAGAAAGGUAGCAUGGGGGUCGAGGAGGGUCAGCAUGGGUCGGGAGGGUCAGGGAGUGUCAGUGAGGAGGCCGGAGAGUGUCAGCAUAGGGGUCGAGAAGGGUCAACAUGAGGGGAAAGGGGGUCGGAGAGUGUCAGCAUAG